AUGCCUAUAACAAUGUCGUAUGAUUCAAAUAGACAACGAAAUCGUUUAAGAAAGGUUAAUAAAUAUAUUUGUAUAGGAGCAUCAGAUGCACUUGGAUAUGGAACAUCAAAUCCAUCAAAAGAUGGUUGGGUUCCAUUAUUUUCAUCUUUAAUAUCAGCUAAACAAGUAAUUAAUCUUGCUCAAGCUGGAUCAACUUUGCAUGAGGCUAUGCGACAACAGUUACCAAAAGUAUUUUAUCAUAGACCAGAUAUUAUAACUAUUUGGUUAGUUGUUAAUGAUUUUGGUGAACAAGUUAAUCAUAUAUCAAUUUUGAAUAGUUAUAAAACAGACCUCGAUUCAAUGUUAUUUCAAUUACGAACUAAAUUAGAUAGAAAUACCAGAAUUCUUGUUGGAAAUAUUCCUGAUUUAUCUCAAGUUGAUACGCUUAAUUCAUGUGGAAUUCCAAAAUUUCUUUUAAAAUUUGUAAUUAAACGAUGGAAUAAUGCUAUUAAACAUAUUGUUAAAAAUAAUCAUUGUGAUCUUGUGGAUUUCUAUUCUCAUUGGAAAGAAUUAGGUGAACAUCCAGAAUAUAUUUCAUCUGAUGGUUUUCAUCCGUCAAAAGAAGGUUAUCGAAAAAUUGCACAACUUUUCUAUCAACAUUAUUUAAAAUAA